CUCCGGUGUGGGGACCGUUUUAGAAGUCGGCAGCAUCAUGGAGCACAUGUCCUCUCCGGUCAGGUUCCGCAGCAAUAACAGAGCUGCAGCUUUCUCAGAAAAGGAGUUGUCCAGCCUGUCCAUUGAGGACCAGGAGGACACUCAGUUUCCUUUCGCCAUGAGGGAUCUGCCUCCCAUCUCACAGCCUGGUGAACAGCACCAGACACCAGUUCACCGUGAGGCAGAGGGAACUGGGACAGCACACAACGGGAGACUCCCCAGCCUUCCCGGGACUCCCCCUCUGCCCUAUCCCGUCCCCUGCCACCCCGCUGGCUCUCCGACAGUCCCUCCCAGAGUAAACCGUGUGAGACCGGAUGCAGAAUUUCAGCCCCUGCCACUGAGGCAGCUCGUGUCUCAAGUGUCUAUUGACUGUCCGUCCAGCCCAGCCUCACGUCCACACAGCCCCUGGUGUCGCUUUGACCCCUAUGACUCGCCAGAGGAUCAGGACAAGGAGUAUGUGGGUUUUGCCACGUUGCCCAACCAGGUUCAUAGAAAGACAGUGAAGAAAGGUUUCACAUUUACGCUUAUGGUGGCAGGGGAGUCAGGCCUCGGUAAAUCCACACUAAUCAACAGUUUGUUCCUCACGGACCUCUACAAAGACAGGAAGGUUCCUAAUGCACAAGAACGGAUCGAUCAAGCAGUCGACAUCGUCAAACACACAGUUAGCAUCGAGGAGAAAGGAAUCAAAUUGAGACUCACCAUCAUAGACACACCAGGGUUCGGGGAUGCCAUCAACAACACAGAAUGCUGGAAGCAAAUUGAAGACUACAUCGACCAGCAGUUUGAACAGUACUUCAGAGAUGAGAGUGGGUUGAACAGAAGGAACAUCCAGGACAACAGAGUCCACUGCUGCCUCUACUUCAUCUCCCCAUUUGGCCACGGACUUCGACCUCUGGAUGUGGAGUGUAUGAAGGCCCUGCAUGAAAAAGUCAACAUAGUUCCCAUAUUGGCCAAAGCUGACAGCCUGACACACACAGAGGUCUGGAGGAAGAAGAUGAAGAUCAGAGAGGAGAUCAAGCAGUUUGGGAUCAACAUCUACCAGUUUCCCGAGUGUGAUUCUGAUGAGGACGAAGACUUUAUGAAGCAGGACCAGAUGCUCAAGGACAGCAUCCCGUUUGCAGUAAUUGGGAGUAAUGUUCAGGUGGAGAGUAAAGGUCGCAAGUUCAGGGGUCGUUCCUAUCCCUGGGGUGUGGUAGAAGUGGAGGACCCGGUUCACUCUGACUUCCUGCUGCUGAGGAACAUGCUGGUCAGGACGCACAUGCAGGACCUGAAGGACGUGACGCAGGAAACGCACUACGAAAACUACAGAGCACAGUGCAUCCAAAACAUGACUCGCAUGGUGGUGCAGGAGAGAAAACGCAGUUUGCUCGAAAAGCAUCGAGGGGCAAGCGAGGCAGAUUUUCCUCUACCGCUGGCUGCCGUUGACGCUGAGAGGGACAGACUCAUCUUUGAGAAAGACGAAGAGCUGAGGAGGAUGCAGGAGGUGCUGGAGAGGAUUCAGGAGCAGAUGCAGCACAGCCAGAGAGAUGGCUGCUGAUCCUCCCAUAAUUCCACAGGAGAGGAGGCAAACGAGGAGCACCCAGGAACACAGACGAGGCCAUGUUUAUGAAGCCUUGUAUAAAAAGGAAGUCAGCCAUAUUGCUUUUAGGCUCUUGUCUGAUUGCUGUACUCCUGGACUACCUUAAAGUGAGUGAGGCUGGAAUCAUGGUUCUCCGAGGAUACAUCUGAAGAUUUUGAUGUAGAGAGGGGUGUCAUGGGUAAUUGUCUGUUACUGUUGCUUACAAAGGGGCACCAAACAAGCUAAUUGGCUUAUCCAACUCUAGUUUGAAAUGACAACAAAAACCUGGACUUUACGUUCAAACUCUGUACAUGUAUAAAAGACCUUUGCUGAAGUGCAGCCAGGAGAAGCAUGUUCCAGCAUUACCCAGUCAAAGAGUCAGUGUUGGUGUUCAAGAGCACUUCAGCAGCUCACACAGGUGGAUUGAGCUGCUCUGCUGCUACUUUUACUUUUAAUCCACUUGUUUCAUUAAUGUGUUCCAGGACGUCUCCUUGAUUAGUAACCCUCAUUCUGAUGUAACACUGCCAUCUAGAGGUCAUUUAGUGACAUAAUGUUGGGUUUUAAAUGUGCAAACAUUUCGUUUUAU